GCCGCCUCCCGGCCCCACGCCCGGCCCCGAGCGCCGCCUCCCGGGUCCGCGCCGCCGCGAUGGCGGAGGACAGCGAGUCUGCGGCCAGCCAGCAGAGCCUGGAGCUGGACGACCAGGACACGUGCGGGAUAGACGGGGACAAUGAGGAGGAGACGGAGCACGCCAAAGGAAGUCCCGGAGGGGAUUUGGGUGCCAAAAAGAAAAAGAAGAAACAGAAGAGAAAAAAGGAGAAACCAAAUUCCGGAGGCGCCAAGUCAGACUCAGCAUCUGAUUCCCAGGAGAUUAAAAUUCAGCAGCCUUCAAAACACAACAUCAUCUGGCAGCAGAUGUCGGCUGGAGCAGCCCCAGAACCCCAGCCUUCCAAUGCAGAAGUUGCAGGAUAUCCAGAGAGCAAUGGAGCUGUUAUCCGCAUGCCAGGGCCCCGCCAGGAAUAUCGAUGAGGCCGCCAAACACAGAUACCAGUUUUGGGAUACACAGCCGGUACCCAAACUAAAUGAGGUCAUAACGUCUCACGGUGCAAUUGAAGCAGACAAAGACAACGUGCGUCAAGAGCCGUAUUCCCUGCCGCAGGGUUUUAUGUGGGACACGUUAGAUUUGGGUAAUGCCGAAGUGCUCAAGGAGUUGUACACGUUGUUGAAUGAGAACUAUGUGGAGGAUGACGACAACAUGUUCCGCUUUGACUAUUCGCCCGAGUUCCUGCUAUGGGCCCUGCGUCCUCCAGGCUGGCUCCUUCAGUGGCACUGUGGGGUCAGAGUGUCUUCGAACAAAAAACUAGUCGGGUUCAUAAGUGCCAUCCCAGCAAACAUUCGGAUUUAUGACAGUGUGAAGAAGAUGGUUGAAAUCAACUUUCUUUGUGUUCAUAAGAAGUUGAGAUCAAAACGGGUAGCUCCAGUGUUAAUUCGAGAAAUAACUAGAAGAGUGAACCUGGAAGGGAUUUUCCAGGCCGUCUACACCGCUGGAGUGGUUCUUCCCAAGCCAGUGGCCACGUGCAGAUACUGGCAUCGAUCGCUAAACCCCAGAAAAUUGGUCGAAGUGAAAUUUUCUCACUUGAGUAGAAAUAUGACUUUACAGAGAACAAUGAAGCUAUACAGGCUUCCAGAUGUUACAAAGACUUCAGGCUUGAGACCGAUGGAACCACGAGAUAUCAAAGCAGUUCGAGAAUUAACCAACACUUACCUGAAGCAGUUUCAUCUAGCCCCGGUGAUGGAUGAAGAGGAAGUUGCCCACUGGUUCCUCCCCCAGGAGCACAUUAUUGACACGUUUGUAGUGGAGAGCUCCAGUGGGAAACUAACUGACUUCCUGAGCUUCUACACACUCCCCUCCACAGUCAUGCACCACCCUGCUCACAAGAGCCUGAAGGCUGCUUAUUCCUUCUACAACAUUCACACGGAGACGCCGCUGCUGGACCUCAUGAGCGAUGCGCUCAUUAUAGCCAAACUGAAAGGAUUUGAUGUAUUCAAUGCACUAGAUUUGAUGGAAAAUAAGACAUUCUUGGAAAAACUCAAGUUUGGUAUAGGAGAUGGCAAUUUACAAUAUUACUUGUACAACUGGCGGUGUCCAGGAACAGACUCUGAAAAGGUUGGACUUGUAUUACAAUAGAUGGAUAUUUCUAUUUGUAGAACUCUGAAACCAUCAUGUGUUAAUAUUCCAUUUAAUGAUUCCUGGAACUGCCAUUCCAAAGAAGAAAAAAGCACAACUUAAGUGAAAUCGAUGUAGUUGGUAACAAUCAGAAAAGAUGAAAAAACAUCGCUAUGUGACCAGUAGUCCACAUUUCUAGCUAGAACAUUAAGAUUCAUCCUUUUUUUCACUGUUUACUUAUUUGUAGGAGGGACGAAAGGGUACAAGGAGCACAUUCCUCUAAUUUUCAACUUUUCGCUGUCCCUUGAUGAAGAGAAGGUAUUUUUCCACUCUCUAGAAAAGGGACUGUUUUUCUUGGGACUGAACAGACGUCACAGAAUCGUGACUGUUGCGUGGAGAUAAACUGCUGCAUUUUUAUUUAUUAAGUGGUGGUCCUUUUGUCUGUGUAACAGAAUGAAGCAUCCAUUUGGAAACUUUUCUUGAAUCACCUUACAUGAUGUCAUUGAGAACGUUUAUGGAAUCAGCACUUCUGUCACUCAGUGAUGAGUGGUGGAUGUUUAAGUGCAGAGCAAGGUGGAAAUGUACUAGUGACUAGUACAUUCAUUUCUCCCGAAGCAAAGUUGCCAAAUGAAUAAACACACAGAUUUGUACUUUGAUCUUCAACAGGUCAGUGGAUUGGUUCAAGAGCAAACUUUUGUGCAAACAUCAAGUGUGCUCUCUCAAAGAGUACACGCCUGUGACAGACUUUGCUGCUGCUGCACAGACUCAUUUCUUCUCGGCAACAGCAAGGAUAUGUGAGGAAAAGAAAAUAAAAAGUUCUAAAGUCAAAAGAAAUGCCCGGUGGAAUUUAUUAGUUCUGUCAGGACAUUGAGAGUUCGAAUGUUUUUUAUUACUUAUGCGAAAUUGCACAUAUUCCUUUAUGCUGACUUUAAUUUAUCAUGAAACUUGUCAUGCUAAUGGAAGAUGUCUUAUUUGUAAAUAAGUAUUCAUAAUUUUGUUACUGAUUGUUUUUAUCUAGAAUUUGAAAAACUAAGUUUCUCAGUGUACAUAGAGAUGUAUAUAUUGCCAAUAGUCCAAGGGGAAAAAGAUGCUGGAUGUGGCCACAUCAGCUGGCCUUGACUCAAAUUCCACAGAGUAGAUACUUCUUCCUGCCUUUACUGUACCAGGGCCUCAGCUGUUCAGUCCAGAAAAACUGAAGUAUUUCAGACGACAUGAUGGCCUUUCCUUCAUGUUACAAGUGUCAAAUGAAAUCAACCAUAUCUUAUCCCAGGCAGGAGCUAGCAAACUAUGGCCCACAAGCCAAAUCCAGCCCAUUGCCUGUUUUUGUACAGCCCACCAGCUAAGGAUGGUUUUUACAUUUUUGAAUGGGUGGGGGGAGAAAAAACAAAAGAUGAACAUUUUGUGAUUUGUGAAAAUUAAACAAAAUUCAAAUCUCAGCUUCCAUAAAUAAAGUUGUAUUCGAACA